AUGUGCAACUUCUUCAAAAACUACUACAUCUACGCGUCAUGCACCGACCCCGGUCUCCACUUCUACAAAAUUGAGCUGGACGGUAGCCCACAAGGCGCCUGCCCCAGAGCGCCUCAUGAACGAUUCAUCGUCAAGGGAGACAAGUGUGAGCAUUGCCAAGGGUCGUUACCACUGCGAAUCUGA